CAACAGAGUUUCGAGCGCGGACCACAGUCCGAGUCCAGUUGACUACGGCGCUCGGAAAGUUUAUUUUCGUUCGCAGAAACGCACACAAACAUCCACAACACAUCAGAUCCAAGUAUCAUUCAUGAACUUGAAGGAGUGAAAGAAGUCGCCAAGGAGAAGAGUUAUUUAUUUUCGUGAUCUGUUUAAUUUGUGUGCGAGGUGCGGGUCGCUUAAGUACAACGUUCAAUUGCGCCACUUAAGAUUUAUUGAAACGCAUGCAUCACUAGUAAUUCGUGCGGAUAGUCGUUGGCGCGCGCUUCAAUUCAUCCGAUAAGAGUGUGAUGGUCAUCUUUUCCAAUUUUUAGUAUAACCGAAAUCGUAUAGAGCAGUGUAAUGAGAGCGUCCCACUACUGACGAUCUCGUUCAGCUGUUUCCAUCCUAGUAUAUUUGAUUAGAUAUAGUGAACCUAGAUAUGAGUCCAAGGAAGAAGACGGUGCCACCCGACGGGGGAUGGGGAUGGGUCAUCGUUCUAGCUUAUGCCUUAAACCACUUGAUUAUGAUUCCGAUCAUGCAAAAUUUUGGAUUGAUCUUCAAAGACACGUUCGCCGCCAUGAAAUUUUCGGCCACAGAUGGAUCGAUCAUUAUAAACAUGAACGCGGCGGUCUCAAUGUUCACAGGACUCAUCAAUGGACCUAUGCUUAAGUAUUUUGGAUACAGGAAGGUCUCAUUCGCAGGAGCAUUAUUCACCACAGUCGGAGUAAUACUCACUUCAUACGCCAGAUCUUUUACUGCAUUUUUAUUCACAUACGGAUUCAUUACCUCUCUGGGAAUGGGUAUGGGAAUGGGAUCGUAUCCGUUCGCGCUGAACUUGUACUUCCUGAAGAACAGGAGCAAAGCGGCAGGAAUUGCCAUGACAAUAACAGGAUUAGGUCCAGUAGUGAUGCCUCUGCUGAUCAGUUUCCUAAUAGAUAUUUACGGUGUGACUGGAGCUGUGUUAAUCAUCGGAUCUAUAUCCGCCCACUCGUUUAUCGCCGCAUGCCUUUUGCAGCCCGUGAAGUGGCAUUCAAGGAAAGAGGACAUCGAUGAAGAAAAUGGAGAUGCAACGAAGGAGGAAGGUGAGGUCCUGAUCGAGGAAGGGAAAAGCUGCGGUUUGUACGAUAAGAACAACCCGGUGAUGCAAUCCAUCAUCUCGAUUGAUCACGAUACCGAGGUGCAGGCAAUUUAUGGAUUCGAUACGCCGCUCAACGGAAGCGUUAUGUCACUAAAUCAAGGCGUCAAGCAACGCAGAUACUCGUUCGUCAGUUACAAAUCGGUGAUUGAGGGAAAAGCGCCCUUCGCCAGGUCCGAAAGCGAGAUCAAAGAGGAGAAGAUCGAGGACGUGAACAAGGAGAACGAGGUCGCACCGGAAAAGAAAAAGAAAGUCGGGUUUUUUAAGAGAAUCCUGACCACCAUCGUCAAUAUUUUCGAUCUAACUUUGCUGAAGGAUCCGAUCUACGUAAACAUAAUGUUAGGAAUGUCUUUAGCCGUCUUCGCCGAGAUCAACUUCUCUCUAUUAACCCCAUUCAUUCUCGACGACUUCCAUCUAACCACUUAUCAAAUCGCUAUCUUCCUUUCAACCCUUUCCACAGCCGAUAUAAUCUUCAGAUUCAUCGCUCCCUUCAUCGGUGAUUUUCUAAAUAAACCAGCCAGAAUCAUGUACAUGGUCUCACUACUUCUACUCAUCGCAACGAGAUUCACUCUUGUAUUUUUCGAGAGUUUCUAUGAACUGCUCGGAGUGGCGAUAGCUCUGGGAAUAGCGAAAGGUAUACGUACUGUCUACUGGACUUUAGUAAUUCCAAACUACGUUCCCAUCGAACGUCUAGCGAACGCUGCAGGAUUGCAGAUGGUAGUUAAUGGUCUAUUCAUUAUGGCUGGAGGACCAGUUUUAGGUUUAAUUCGUGAUAUAACUGGCAGCUACAAGCGCUGCAUCUACGUUAUAAACAUAGUCACUUGCAUGACGUUAAUCAUGUGGACGACGGAGCUGCUGUACAUGAGAUACAAGCCAAAGAAGAACGUCGAGAAGCCGCUUCGGGCUACAUAAGAUGCAAGAAAAGAAUAUCUUGAGACGUUGAUGUUGGUUCAAAGAUUUUUGCAACUAAUUGUGAUAUUUUUUGCUGGCAAAAACUAGUUGAAACCGCGGCUCAAA